AUGGAUCUCCUCCAAAGAGAAGGGAACUACCCCCUCCCUCCCCAGGCACCGUCCACCCUAGGAGUAGAAUUCAGCGGCACGAUCGUCUCUUUCGGUGGAGACGAGCCAAACCAGGAACACGAGCACUUCAAGAAGGGAGACGAGGUCUUCGGUUUGGCUUAUGGUGGGGCGUAUGCGGAGUACAUCUCUGUCUCUACCCGGAUGCUCUUGCAUAAACCGAACUGGUUGUCGUUUGAGCAGGCGGCUGGAAUACCAGAGACGUGGAUUACCGCGCUUCAAGCGUUGGAUUUUGUGCUGGGGGGUGCGGAGGGGAAGACGAUACUGUGGCAUGCUGGGGCGAGCUCGGUGUCGAUUUCGGGGAUACAGCUGUCGAGAGUGUCGGGGGCGAAGGAGAUAUAUGCUACGGCUGGGACGGGGGAGAAGAUCAAGUUCAUUGAGGGGACGUUGGGGGCGACGAAGGGGUUUAAUUACAAGAGCGAGGAUUGGGUGAAGGGGGUUUUGGAGGCUACGGGUGGGAAGGGGGUGGAUCUUAUUGUUGAUUUUGUUGGGGGGAGUUACUUUGAGAAGAAUCUGGAUGUGGUGGCGAGGGAUGGGAGGCUUGUGAUGCUGGGGUUGAUGGGGGGCAUGCAGACGCCGGAUAGGGUUAAUAUUGGGAAGCUGUUGUAUAAGAGGGUGAGGGUGGAGGGGAGUACGUUGAGGAGUAGGGAUGAGGAGUAUCAGGGGAAGCUGAGGGAUAGGUUGGAGCAGGAGUAUCUUCCAAAGUUUGAGAAGGGUGAGCUGAAGGUGUUUGUUGAUAGGGUUUUGCCUUGGGAGGAGAUUCAGAAGGGACAUGAGGUGUUGGAGGGGAAUGAGACCAUGGGGAAGGUCAUUUGCACAAUCUCAUAA